UAAUGACUUUGAGCGACGUUGAUCAUUUUUCCCUUUCUCUCAGCAUUUCUCGCCGGAAUCAAUGGCCGAUUCUCGACCGCUACUCAAGAAUCAGCAGGAGUUACCGGCGUCCUCUGGCAAGGCUCCUCGAGUUGUCUCACUCGAUGUCUUUCGCGGCCUUAGCGUCUUUAUGAUGAUGCUUGUGGACUAUGGUGGGUCUUUUUUACCAAUUAUUUCUCAUUCUCCAUGGAUUGGACUUCAUUUGGCUGAUUUUGUGAUGCCUUGGUUUCUAUUUAUCGCGGGAGUUUCGGUUGCUCUUGUUUAUAAAGAAGUAAAAAGUAAAGCGGCCGCUGCAAGGAAUGCGGCAUGCAGGGGCCUGUACCUCUUUCUUCUUGGAGUUCUUCUUCAAGGUGGUUACUUCCAUGGAAUAACAUCUUUGACAUAUGGUGUUGAUUUGGAAAGGAUUAGGUGGCUUGGCAUUUUGCAGAGAAUAUCUAUUGGAUACUUGAUUGCUGCACUCUGUGAGAUCUGGCUAACUCGUAGCACACGUGAAGAAGCUCAACAUACUAAGAGUUUCAGCUGGCAUUGGUGUAUUAUAUUUUUUCUGUUGUCAUUGUAUAUGGCACUAUCGUAUGGUUUAUAUGUUCCGGAUUGGGACUUUAAAAUAUCAGCCCCCAGCUCUUCACUUCCACUAAGUGGAAGCUAUGUUUACAAGGUGAAUUGUUCUCUUCGAGGUGAUCUGGGACCCGCAUGUAAUUCUGCUGGCAUGAUUGAUCGUUAUGUUCUUGGUAUUCACCAUUUGUAUACUAAACCUGUCUACAGAAAUCUAAAGGAGUGCAAUAUUUCCUCCAGCGGUCAAUUUCCUGAGACUUCACCUUCAUGGUGUCGUGCUCCUUUUGAGCCAGAAGGUCUUUUAAGCUCUUUAACUGCUACAGUGGCAUGCAUAAUAGGACUUCAGUAUGGUCACAUUCUUGCCAAAGCACAGGAUCACAAAACUCGCACCAAUGGCUGGUUCUUACUCUCGUUUAAGAUUUUGGCUCUCGGACUAUUCCUCGUCUUUAUAGGUAUCCCUGUAAAUAAAUCUCUCUAUACGGUCAGCUAUAUGUUAAUUACUUCAGCGUCAGCAGGAAUAAUCUUUUGUGCUCUAUAUAUUUUGGUUGACAUCCACGGCUAUCGACGACUGACAUGUGUUCUGGAAUGGAUGGGGAAGCAUUCUUUAAGUAUUUAUGUUUUGGUAAUCUCUAACAUACUCGUUAUUGGGCUCCAAGGAUUCUACUGGAAAUCUCCUAACAAUAACAUUGUGCAUUGGAUUGUUAGUCAUGUCAAAGCUCGAAGGUGAAAUAAUUUGAGUACUUGUUUAGAGUAUUCAACAUCUGGGAUUUGGCUAACUUGCCAACAUAAUUUAGUGACAUGUUUGGUGAGUGAUUUGAAAAUUAUUCAAAAUCACUUUUACCAUUUAUAAAAUUACUUCCAAACAAGUCUUUGAAUCACUCAAAAUUAGUUUUAACGGAUUAAAAGCAGGUUUCGUAGUGAUUUUUAAAAACUAUAAAAACACUUUUAACCAUUUUAGAAUUACUCCCUAAACAUACUGUUACUUACCAAUAAACUCAUAGUGCUCGAGAUUUGUCCACCAUGUUCAGAAUCACCUUACAGCAAAUAAUGAGCAAAGAUUUGGAAUCGGUAAGAAGGCAAUGGAGUCGUUGCAAUGAUGAUCAUCACUUGAUUUGUAGUGUUGGUAUGUAUGUUAUAUAUGUUUUAACAUUGAUAAAAAUUGUAGUUGUAUUCAUGUGUGCAACUCCUAGAACUGAGAAAUUUUUUUAUUACUCCCUUUGAAGGGGAAAACCUUUAUUAGCCAACAAGGUUUUGACUUUGGAGCUUAAACAUUUGAUAGGUGUUCUAAUGUUUAUAAUUAAUGAAAAUUUGACAAUAUUUACAAGGAAAA